GAUCAGUGUUUAGGAAGAUGUAUGUACAUUCAUGGUGUUCCCGGGACUGGGAAGACUAUUAGUGUGCUAUCAGUGAUGAAAAAUCUGAAGGCUGAGGUUGAAGCUGGAAAUGUAAAUCCAUAUUGCUUUGUGGAGAUCAAUGGUCUCAAGCUGGCUUCACCUGAGAACAUUUACAGUGUUAUCUAUGAAGCAUUGAGUGGUCAUCGUGUCGGUUGGAAGAAAGCUUUACACUCUCUGAAUGAGAGGUUUGCAGAAGGAAAAAAGAUUGGUAAAGAGGAUGACAAGCCUUGCAUACUUCUCAUCGACGAACUUGACCUUCUAGUCACUAGAAAUCAGUCGGUUUUAUACAACAUUCUGGAUUGGCCUACCAAGCCUAACUCUAAAUUGAUUGUGUUGGGAAUAGCAAACACUAUGGAUCUUCCAGAGAAGUUGCUUCCUCGGAUUUCAAGCAGAAUGGGAAUACAGAGACUUUGUUUUGGUCCUUAUAACCACACUCAGCUACAAGAAAUCAUU